UGACGGUGUUUGUUCAAAGCGUGUCGCAAAUUCUCAAGUUUAUGGUAAUGAUAGAAGAGUCGCGCCGGACUACUCUUGCAAUUUGAGCUCCAAAUAGUAGCCAUUGUAGGGUUAUGAAGAAAAGGAGGAAUGACUGUAGAAAGCUAUGUUUUUAUAAUAAAAAAGAUUUUGUAUGUCUUGAUUCAGACUUGCACGAUUGAUAUUUCAUGACGAUUUUUCGAAUCUUACCGAGGAGGUUAAAAUCGUUACAGUAGCCGAUGGCCUUGUCUGAAGAAAGUCGCAAGUCUUAGUUUAUUGUUGGAAUUUAACUUCAGUUGCGUACGUCGUAUGGAAUUCGACAGUAAUACAUUUAUAGAAUCUUAUCGAUAUCUAGUGACUUCGAAAAAUAGUUGGCAGCUUGAUAACAAUGAAAAUUGGGAGUGUAGGGAAGAUCCUCAAUAAAAGGUUUGAUUGUGGAAAAUUUUCGAUUUCACUGUGUAGAUACGGCAAUUUACUGUCAAACAUUUAAAGCAUUAAAGUCCAUGGAGAACUUAUUGCCAUCAGUAAGCCAUUAUGAGGACGAGGCUCGAAGAAAGUUAUCGCAACAUGAUUUUGGCUAUUUUGCUUUUGCUGCAGGAGCAAGAGAAACCAUGAAAGAAAACUGUGAAGCAUUUAAAAGAUGGCGAUUUCGACCCAAGAAUUUACAGAACGUUAGCAGAGUUGAUUGUGCGACAACAGUGAUUGGUUCAAAAAUACCUUUUCCAAUAUGUAUUGCACCAACGGCAUUUCAUCGUCUGUGUACGCAAGAAGGUGAAUUUUGUACUGCAAGAGCCGCCGAAUCACUUGGUGUAGGAAUGGCAGUGAGUUUAUGGAGUAACAAAACAAUGGAAGAAAUUGCAUCUGAUGUGCCAAACUGCAUAAAAUGGUGCCACGUUCAAUUAUCCAAGAAUCGUAAUUUAACAAAACAUUUUGUAAGAAGAGCUGAGCAAAACGGAUUCAAAGGAUUUAUUGUAACUAUCGAUGAACCGGUUUUUAGAAAUCGUACUCACAGAUACGAAGACGGAAGCCCAUUUACCUUUAAAACAUCUAUUGUAAGCAGAAAUAUUGCACAAUCAAUCAAAUUUGUGGAACCCGAUAAACCGCAUUUUGCUUCUUUCCAAUCCUGGAUGGAUGGGAGUGUUGAAUGGGACAGUAUUGAUUGGUUGAAAGAUAUUACCAUUUUACCUGUUGUGGUUAAAGGAAUUCUGACAGGGGAAAUGGCACUUAAAGCUGUUGAUCACAAAGUUGACGGAAUCAUUGUCUCAAAUCAUGGCGGGAGAAUAUUGGAUAGUACAUUCGCGACUAUAGAUGUUCUUCCAGAAGUAGUGAAGGCCGUGAAUUGCAGAGUUGAUGUUUAUUUUGACGGAGGAAUCCGUAAAGGAACAGACGUAGCAAAAGCGAUCGCUCUUGGAGCAAAAGCAAUUUUUGUUGGAAGACCCAUACUCUGGGGACUAGCAUGCAAAGGCGAAGAAGGUGUGCGGAAUGUUCUUGAAAUUCUUAGAAACGAAUUUAUUCACACAAUGCGUCUUCUAGGAGUUUCUACGAUAGAAGAAUUGCAGACGACACCAGACAUAGUUGUUCACGAAACAAGAUAUUUCUCGAAACUUUGAAUAUAUAUAUGCAUAUUGAAGUCUACACAUACAUAUUUUUUCAAUCCAUUUAAAAAACAAAAUGCAGCAAGUGCAGACUUGAGAAAUCAAAAAACGAAUUGGAUUGAACAAGAAGCAUAACAUCUUGCAUGUGGUCAACACUUAGUUGUGGUUUCAAAAUCCGAUUCAUUCAAUUAAAAGAAUUGUAAAUUAAGAUUUAUUUUACUUACUACUCCUAUCCACAGUAGCCUAUUUUACAUUCUAUAUAUAUGUCUUUGUUCAAAGCGACCAUCUUUGUUGCAAAGUUAUGAAUUGAAGGCCCAAACUUUGGUCGUCUGAAGGAGAAAAUUCUGCCAUUAUAAUGUUUGUAACGAGUAGUAAAUGAUGAAAGCUG